UACCCAGGAGGUAGCCACACCUUUCGGCUACUUUCGACUCCUUUCGACUCUUGACGAACCGGGCGCCCUCUAUUGACAAGCGGGACAAGCACCCUCAGAAAUCUCGGGAGGAGAUCAAAACCCAGGGCGCCCACGCGCCAUCACGAGGCCCUGCGUCUACAUGAAACACAUACCAGCAACGCCCCACGCCCAAUUCGAGCACACGAGCGCCGCCAUUGACGCGGCAAAUUGCGCAAUUUACCCACGGGAUCCCGUGCUGUACCGCCGCCUCACCGACGGGAGAGCCAGCCAUACUGUUCAGAAACCGUCACAGCAGUGUAGAAAACAAAGAGCAUCAAAAACUAGAAGGCAGGACUUCGAACACAGAAACUUCCAGAUGGGGUAUAUACACAACAUCGUGGACCUCUCAUUACUAACCCCCAAGCUCAAUACAUACAGCAAAUACCACAAAUCAAGUGGCCCACAAAGUCAGCCGCCGAAUCCCCCAAGACCUCAAAAUCCUCCAUCCCGCCGCAGGAGACUUCAGACCCCAGGCAUUGCUGCUUCAAUCCACUACCUACUCAGCAGCUUCCCACUUACAAGAAGAAAGCCGCCAGCGCACCAACACCAGCAACAAACCCACCGACCUUGGCGUGGCUAUGCCGGACGGGACGGGCGUGACCGGGUACCCAGUGCCGGACGGCACGACAGAGGGGUACGGCGCGUUGCUGGUUGGGUACGGCGGGAGCGAAGGAGCAGCGCUGCCGGGCGCGGAGGGCGUGUGCACGCCGCCGGCGGGGACGGUCACGGUCUCGGUGACGGUGACGAUGGUGGAGGAGCAGACCUCGUCUAUGGCAUUCGUUAGCGAUGAGAAAAGGGGAACGACAAGGAGGGGAGAAGGUGCGUACCGUAGGUGCCAGCAGCGACGGCGGCGAUGAGGGUAGCGACAAUGGCGAAGAAC